AUGAACUUAGAGCCGAUGAUCUAUCAGUUACAACAGGAGUUAGGCUUUUGUUCGCCGAGAGGUAUAUCCGCCGUAUUGGACGAGUCGGCCGACGGUUUCGUGAAGGGAGAGGCCGUGUGUUGUGUUCUCCUACAACGCCGUAAGAGCGCCCAUAGGGUCUACGCUAAGGUACUGUCAGCCCGGGUGGGAACGGAUGGUAACAAAAAGUUUGGGAUAUUUCAUCCGUCCAGUGAAACACAGGAGGAGUUGAUGACCGCAUCGUAUAAGGAGGCAAAUAUAGACCCCCUCGACAUCACCUAUUUUGAGUCACACGGCACCGGCACCAAGGUGGGAGACCCGCAAGAAAUGAAAGCCAUAUACAAUGCUUAUUGUCGAGCCCCGGGACGUAUAAACCCCCUACCGGUGGGCGCCCUCAAGAGCAAUAUGGGUCACGCGGAGUCGAGUUCAGGUGUGGCCGCUAUUAUCAAAGUGUUGAUCGCAUAUGAAAAUGAAUGCAUUCCUCCUAAUCUGAACUGUAAACAACUUAAACAAGAGUUACUCCAAUACUUCCCCCCAUUAUUGGCAAUUAAUCAAAAAUAUCCAUACAAACCUGGUUAG